AUGUCUGCAGUUUUCGAAAAUGCCACAUUGGCAUCGAGUUUGGCCCAUAGCGGGUCGUAUCUCACCACUUUGCACAACGUUCAGUCAAGCCAACCGGAGCUGGGACUAAUAGCACAGGUUUGGGCGUCCUGGUACGUUUACAUGAACAACGACAUCUUGGCCACGGGUCUCAUGUUUUUCGUGCUGCACGAAUUCAUGUAUUUCUUCAGAUGUCUACCCUGGGCCAUCAUCGAUCAAAUCCCAUUUUUCCGUCGCUACAAAAUCCAGCCUACCAAAAUUCCAAGCGCCAAGGAGCAAUGGCACUGCUUGAAAUCCGUUCUACUGUCCCAUUUUCUCGUUGAGGCUAUCCCCAUCUGGACUUUCCAUCCAAUGUGCCAGAAGUUGGGCAUUUCUGUGUCCGUACCUUUCCCCUCUCUUAAAACCAUGGCUUUCCAAAUCGGUCUCUUUUUCAUCCUAGAAGACACUUGGCAUUACUGGGCCCACCGUUUGUUCCAUUACGGUGUUUUCUACAAGUACAUCCACAAGCAGCACCAUCGUUACGCAGCGCCCUUUGGACUCACUGCUGAAUAUGCCCACCCAGUAGAAACCCUAUCGCUUGGAUUUGGUACCGUUGGUAUGCCCAUCCUGUAUGUGAUGUACACCGGUAACCUACAUUUGUUCACUCUUUGCGUGUGGAUUACCCUAAGACUUUUCCAGGCUGUUGAUUCUCACUCUGGUUAUGACUUCCCAUGGUCCCUCAACAAGUUCCUACCGCUAUGGGCAGGUGCAGCUCAUCAUGACCUACACCACCAUUACUUCAUUGGCAACUACGCCUCUUCUUUCACCUGGUGGGACUUCAGUUUGGACACUGAGGCCGGUCCUGAAGCUAAAGCGGAGAGAGAAGAAAGAAUGAAGAAAAGAGCUGAGCUUAGAGCCAAAAAGGCUGCCUAA